CAGCAGCAGCAGCCAUCAGCUCCCAAACUCCACUUCAUCUCUUGCACAACCACUCGAUUUCCUCCAACCAGGGAGGAGAGAGACCCCAGCCCUUGUCUGCGCUCAUUCCCAACGUGGAAAAGGGACAGGACAGACUCCAUAUCAAUCCGACAGAUUCCAGCAAACCAUCACCCACGGAUCAUUAUUUCUCCAUGCCGAAUGCGUGUUAAAGAGCGCGCUCAGUGCGGCACACAUCAGGCUGCUUUAUUGCCAUAGCAGCGGCGCGAGCUGCCUGUAGCUGUACAGGAGCCUCAGCUAGCGACGGAACAAAGAACACACACACACAGUAAUAUAACCGUCUGCUGAGCAAACUGCUUCCCUGUUCUUUGAGGAGGAGAAGGCAAGACCCCGAAGACCAAAACUGACAUGAUGUUUCCACAAUCCAGGCACUCGGCUUCAUCGCAGCAGCUGAAGUUCACAACGUCAGACUCGUGCGACCGCAUCAAGGACGAGUUCCAGUUCCUUCAAGCACAAUACCACAGUCUGAAGCUCGAAUGUGACAAGUUGGCCAGUGAGAAGUCAGAAAUGCAACGUCAUUAUAUCAUGUACUAUGAGAUGUCCUAUGGGCUGAACAUCGAAAUGCACAAGCAGGCAGAGAUCGUGAAGAGAUUAAAUGGGAUCUGUGCUCAAGUCUUGCCUUACCUGUCUCAAGAGCACCAGCAGCAGGUUCUGGGGGCGAUAGAGAGAGCCAAACAGGUCACCCCACCAGAGAUGAACUCCAUCAUACGGCAGCAGCUCCAGGCUCACCAGCUCUCUCAGCUGCAGGGGCUGGCCUUGCCCAUGACCCCUCUCCCUCUCGGCCUCAGCCAAUCGGCCGGCCUCCCCGCCGUCACCUCCAGCUCUGGCCUCUUCUCCCUCUCCAGCAUCCUGGCCUCUCAGGCCCAGCUGGCCAAGGAGGAUAAGAGCACACGCGAGACCUCCGACAGCCACCGUGAGGAAGACGGAGACAAGUCCGACUAGUCGCCCGCCAAACCCGUUCCUUCAUUUGAUCAUCCUCCAGAGCUCCACAUAGAGCAGAGGCACUUGUUUCCCUGUUUUUUCACCUUUUUAUUUUCCUUCGUUUUCCAAUCUCCUUCCAACUUUCUAUCUAAAUUGCUACUGUGCUCACAAUUCUAAUGUCAUUCUUUCUGGUUCAUUCCACCAGCUCUCUAUAUGUAUUUAUACCAAUCCACCUUUUUAUUGUGUUACGGAUGCUUGAUUUUAUUUUAUUUACACUAUUUUUGCCUGCGUGUAUGUAUAUAUCUAUAUAUAUAUUGUAUAUUUCUUAUGCUCGUUGUGGAAAUGGUCUACAAAAUGGUGUGACCGUUAAUGGACCAUCGACCCUUCAGUAAUAAUUCCUCUUUGUUUUUUCCCUCCCGCUCACUCUCUUCCUCUUAAAAUCUCUCACCUUUUAAAACUACAAUCUACAAUAACUGAGUCAAAAGCACUUUGGCCCCAGGCAGUAACUCUGAGACUAAAAGCAACUUUGAAUCUAAAAACUUAGCCGCGGCAUAAUCCAUUUAGAGUUUAAAGGGUCAGUGUUAUUGUUUGAAGGCACGGCUGUUGCAUCUGUCCUACCUUAAAGGGACAGUUCAAGUUAAACUGAGGAUUUAUUUCAUUUUUAUGUCAUCUCAAAGCUGUUUGACUCUAUUUCUUUUGUGGAACACAAAAGGAGAUAUUUUGAAGAAGGUUCAUGCUGCUCCUUUUCAUUCAAUAAAAGCGAAUGGUUACCACAGCCGUCAAGCAAAAUUUCUAAUAAGUAACUUCAAUUUCUUAAGUUUCUCAUGCAACGGCUUCAGAACACUUGGAGUAUAGUACAUUCAUAAACAUGUCAUAUGGACUAAUUUAGUUUAACUCUGUCAAAAAGAAAAAAAGAAAAAUAAUAAAUAAUCAAAAACUAUUCCAUAUGAUUCAUGUAUUAUAUUCCAAAUGUUCUGAAGCUGUUUGUGUGAGAAACAGACAUUAAAAGAUACAUUUAAGUCAUUAAUCACUGGAAAUUUUGCUUGAUAGAUGUGGUCGCUGUAUGGAAAAGAAGAAAGUUGAAAGUCACAAGGGUUUGGAAUGACCUUAGGAUGAGUAAAUGAUCCUUACGUCAGUCCAAACCUGUUUGACUUAAUUUCUUGUGUGGAACACAAAAAGAGACAUUUUGAAGAAUGUUCAUGCUGCUCAUUUCCACACAAUAAAAAGUGAAUGGAGUCCAAAGCAGUCAAGAACAAAAAUCACCAUAAAAGCCUCACAAAACUAAUCCAUAUGCCCUCAUGUACUAUAUUCCAAGUGUUCUGAAGCUGUUUGUGCGAAAAACUUAAGAGAUUUCAAUAAUUAUUUACUGGAAAUUUAGCUUGAUAGAUGUGGUCACCAUUCACAUUCAUUGUAAGAAAAGAGCAGCUUGGACAUUCCUCAAAAUGUCUCCUUUUGUGUUUCACGU